AUUCAUUUUUGAUUGAUGAAUGAAUCUUUCAUUAAUCAUUUUCGUCAUUUUCUCGUAUUUUUUGACUUAUCACUUUCUUUUAACGAUAAAUAAUAUUUUAUAAACAAUAUCAAAAUGGAAGAUCUUGUUACGAAAGCAAUAAGAGCCAGAAGAAGAUUUCGAGCUUUGGUAAAUAUGGUAAUUAAUAACCUGGAGUGGUUGUGUGAUGUUGAAGAUCAACAAUUAAGUAGAAAUGUGCAAAGAAAUGUUCAAUUACUCACAAAGAGGAAAGAUAAGAAGGGAUUAUUAACGUUAGAUCAAAAAGGAAUUUUGUGUAAACCAGCUGAAGAUCGCACGGAAGAUGAAAAAUUAUUGUUGUAUAAAAUUAUUGGGGGGUUAAAAUGUUUUCGAAAAUAUCCUGAACACGUAAAGUUGCAAUUAGCUUCUGUGACUUAUUUUAUGUAUUAUGGUCCAAACAGAGUUAUUGUUAAACAAAACCACGAUGCUCACGCUUUAUAUUUUAUAAUAACUGGUGAAGUAGAUGUUUCUGUUACAACAGCAGAUCCCGUUACAAAAGAAUACGUAACAGCAGUUAUAGGAUCCAUGAUUGCGGGAAGUAUGUUUGGAGAAGUUUCUCUUUUGCAUGAUAUCCCAAGAACAGCCACAAUAACUACAGUUGCACCAUGUGAAUUCCUCGUUUUAAAAAAACCCGAUUUCGAUAUCGUAUUAAAAGAUUCAGUGAAAAAACAAUGGGAUGAAAUACAAAACGCAAUGAUGCAGUUUACUUAUUUUCAAGAUUGGGAUGAAGUCGCGGUUAGGGAAUGUUGUAUUUAUUCGAAAAUAAAACCGUACGUAAGAGAUCAAACAAUUUUGGGCGAUAAUGAAGGUGUAAGUACUUCGGCGUACUUCGUUUUAAAAGGAAAAUGUCGCUUGGUCGAACAUUUGUUGAUCAGAACCGUUUAUGAUUCCGCCGGAAAGAAACGUUACGAAAUGUUUAAAGAGCCGGAAGUGAUUGAGAAAAAAGAAAGUCCAUUGGCGAUGAUGAGGAAAACGAUUUUGGAUGAGAAAAAGACUUCGACCACUUCAUUACAUGAACACAAAAGUUCAGUUAUAAGACAAAUGCAUCCUGAUGAUACCAGGAAAAGUAAAUCUACUAUGAGCAGCUUAGCUGUGAAAUCAAUAAAAUCAUUUAAAAUUGGCGAGAAUAUCAAAAAAGCAAGUGAAAUGAGCAAGAAAGAGUCAGUGAGAUCGAUUGAUUCGGCGGUUCCUGAAAUGAAGAAAAAGAAGAAAAUAAGUAAAGUGGUUGUUGAAGAAAUAACGGAACCUGAACCAUCCUUUCAUCUUCCUAAAGACGUCGAAACACAUUUUAUGCAGGUUUGUAUUUUUACUGAAACCGCAUGUUUUGGAAUUGGUGAAAAUUUUCGCCGAAGACGAGUUGUUGCGAUGACUGAUCACGUUGAAUGCUUAUUAGUUCCAAGGUAUUGGUUAUUACAACAUAACAUAGGAAAUUUAUGGACCAGGAUUAAAUUGUAUCUUGAAACGCAAAUUCCAUCCACGGAGAAAGUGUUUAAAGAAUUUAUUACACAAAGAAAAUGGUUAAAAUACCGACAUAAUAUGGUUAAAGAAUUAUUUGGAAAACCUCCCGUAACCGCUAUUUAUAAUGUUCCUUAUUCGAUUCGGAUAAAUGAAGACAUUGAUUUCGAAUAAUUUUAUUAAUAAAAUAAAUAAAUUAUUGUUAUGUACAAAUGAUAGGAAUAAAAUUAUUGUUUUGCAACAAACCUAUAUAAUAAAGCUUUGAGAAUCAUUA